GCUUCUUGGUCAUACUCUCGUGACUUCCUCUGCUUACACAGAGUUCAUUCAGCUCCAUCACUCCUCGAGCAAGGCCUUGUGCCUCCCGCUCACCAAUCCCCUUCAUUUCACAACUGCCGGCCUUAUCCUUGUUAACACGACCCUGAAUCUUCCGUCGUGCAGGAGAGCCUCGUCACCCCGACCUCUUGAUUGAGGUAGCUCUUUUCUCUAGCAGUACAUUUCGAAUAGCUUCAAGAUGCCCGGCUCGAUUCGAUCCAUCAAGCGUCGGCCGACGGCCAAGUCGGCUGCGAAACGUAUCAGCCGCAUCUUUCGUCGUUCGAGCAUGGAGGAGAAUGAAGGAGGCUCACCCAGCGAUCAAGGUCAACCCGCCAAAGACUCAUCUGAGGGAUCUCGACCCUCGACGUCGUCUCGAUACUCGACCAUCUCCCGAAUUACCACCCGUGAAGAAGCCGACGUCCCUGCUCUGCCGCCCAAGGAUCAGUCACGCCCUAUUCCCCCAAGGUUCAACACUGAGCCGGAGAAUGAACCUGAGCUCCCGCCUAAGGAGGUUUCUCGUCCUCUUCCGCCUAGAUUCAACACCGAGCCUGAGAAGCAGCCCGAGGCGUUGACUCCUCUUCCCCUUUUUGCACCCAAGCCUGUGAAGCCGGAGCCAGUUGUGCAGCAGCCGCAGCCACCAAGGGAGCUACCCAAGCCAAUUGAGAAGAAGAUUGAGAAGAAGCCCGAGCCUGUUCUAGAGAAGAAGCCUGCGGUGCCUGCUCCUAAGGUGCUGCAGGGGCCAGAGUCCCCGAUCUUACCCACGAGGCAAGUCAGAGAGGAGCCCAAGGAGAUCAAGCUCGAACCCAGGGCCCAGCCAAAACCCGAACCCAAGAUUCAGCCAAAGGUCGAACCCAAGAUCGAGCCAGCACCAAAGGUCGAGUUCAAGCCCAAGCCUGCUCAGCCCAAGAUCGAACUCGCAAAGAAACCCGUCCUCCCCCCUCCUACGGUUGAGGAUGCACCUGAGAGUCCGACUUUCCCUAUCCAGAAGCCCGAGCCCGAACCCAAGAUUGCGCCAAAGCCGGCUCCAGCAAAGAAGCCAGAGCCAGUGAAGAGGCCCUCGAUUCCUGCCCCUACUGUUGAAGAUGCACCAGAGCCUCCUACCCUGCCGGCCAAGGAGGUCAAGGAGCUCCUGACUGAGAUCAAGCCCAAGGCCGAAGCUAAGACUGCACCAAAGAUUGAGCCGAGGGUCGUUCCCAAGACCGAACCAAAGGUCGAGCCCAAGAUUAUUCCCACGGCGGCACCCAAGGCCGAGUCAAAGAUCGAGCCAAAGGCCCAACCUGUCGUGGAAACCAAGACUGAAAUCAAGGCUCAGCCUAAGAUCACCCCCAAGGUAGAGCCAAAGGUUCAGCCUACCAUCGAACCCAGGACUGUUCACAAGACUGAACCAAAGGUCGAGUCAAAGGUUGAGCCCAAGUCCGAGCCCAAGAUUGAACCCAAGAUCCAGCCAAAAGUUGACGCCAAGAUCGAACCCAAGGUUGCCCCCAAGACUGUUCCCGUGGCUGAGCCAAAGAUUGAGCCAAAGGUAGAGCCAAAGGCUGCCCCCAAGACUCAAACCAAGACUCAACCUAUCCCCGAGACCAAGGUUGAGCCCAAGCCGGAACCCAAGAUCGAGGCCAAGAUUCAACCCAAGUCCCAGCCUCCAGUUCAACCCGUCCAGCAAAGACAGACCCCCAAGAUUGCAUACUCAAAGCCCGCCCCUGUCCCCGCCGAGACGACUCGCAAGACCCCCCAAGUCAAGCCAGCACCAAGAGCACCAGCUCCUCCCAAGGUCGCCUCCAUCUCGCCUAGCCCCAGCGUCUCAGCCGCCCCAUCAACAGCUUCAGGACCCAGUGCCGCCUCUGCCCCAGAGACCGCCUACAUCUCCAGCUUCACCUCCGCCCCGUCCACCUUCCAAGCCCCAAGCCCGGCUUUCACGCCCACAACAGCUCCAGCUCCCUACACAGCUCCCGCUCCGGAAACAGCCCCGGCCCCAACCAUGGCUGCGGCGCCCGAGGUUGUCAUGUCGAUGCUCGCCUGGGCUUACCCAGAGCCUGCCCCUAUCCCUAGCCUGGCCUCGACUCCUCGCCGGGCUCGCUCGCCUUCCAUCUCUUGGCUCACUGCUUCUGCUUGAGUCAAAUCACAAAUUGAAUGAAAGCAAGGUGGGAUUUCUCUUCACUUUGCCGUAAAAACAACUUUUUCCUAGUUUGUCUUGAUAACUGUUACGAUGGGUUGAUAUUUGAACGAGGGCGAAGUUUGUAACUAUUAUAAGACCGGUCCGAAUAAACAGUAAAAUC